GAGAAAAGAAGAAGAAAUAGUCUCUCUCUCUCUCGAUCGGUCGAACUAGAAAUCGAAUUUGCAUUCCGUCGAGACGAAAUCGACGAGAAGGGAAUUCCAGAAAAGAGAACUCGAGAAUCAUAUCAGUCGGUGUCUACUUUUCCUGAAUUUGAAGCUGAAUAAGGGCGAAAGAAUUUGAGUUUCAGAAUCCGCAAUCGGAAAAUUUUCUGUUUUCUUUAACGUAGAGGUCGCUUGGCUGAAUUUGGCGGAAUUCGUUCCAAAAUCGAUCGCUUGCCUAGGGUUUUUCCCGAGGAUUUCCCCCUUCAGCGUGGUUUUUUUUUUUUUUUGGGGGACGUUUUGUUGGUCUCCGCUGUCGAAUUGAGCUCCGCAUAGCUGGAUUGGCGUGAGUCCGUCUUUCAAUCGAUUGGCUUCUGUAGGGUUUUGUGGGAUCUUUUUGGAGCGUCAAUAUGAAUUCCUUGGGGAUUUUCUGACGGUGGUCGGAAGGCGAGGGAUAUUGAAGCUAGUUGAAUCGCCUUGCGACUCCGUGUGUCAUGGAUUGCACGGUGUGCACGCCCAUCACGGAGAAUUUUCUGUCGAAGAAAAUUGGGGAACUCGGAGGAGGUUUUAGCCAUGAGAGCGAGCACGACCUGGCGGUGAUGGUGAGCGAGUUCCUGGAGAACGGAGCGAGCGGUGGAGCCGAGUCGUGGUGCAGCAGCGACAGUGACUCGGGGCUUUGCGAUCUCGCUCAACUCGCUGACAACAUCACCUUCUCUAAGUGCAACUUGGAUCAGUAUGAGAGUGACUUGCAAUCAGUGGUCCAUUCACUUGUGCUCUCGAUCAAUGAGAUAGACCUUCAGUUUGUCAAGUCAGGACCGUGUAACGCUAGCUGCAUUAGAUUUUCUCUGGUUCAACUAUUGAGACACUCGGGAUAUGAUGCAGCAGUUUGUUCAUCAAGAUGGCAGGGUGGUGGCAAGGUUCCUGGAGGUGAUCAUGAAUACAUUGAUGUGGUUAAUCAUACCGGCUCCGGAAACUCUGAUCGAUUGAUCAUAGAUAUCGACUUCCAGAGCCACUUUGAGAUUGCUAGAGCUGUUGAGUCAUACGACAGAAUAUUGAAGUUACUUCCCGUGAUUUAUGUGGGCUCCUUGGGCAGGCUGAGUCAGUUUCUUCAAGUGAUGGCUGAAGCUGGUAGGUUUUCGCUGAAACAAAACUCUAUGCCACUCCCUCCGUGGAGAUCUUUGGCAUACUUACAAGCGAAGUGGCACUCGCCCUACCAGAGACAGUUCGAUGCCGAGAAGCAGAGCGGUAUCGGCAGGAGCCUGUCGGAGCACAAGCAGUGCAGCGGACAUUUAAAGCGGUUGCAGUUGGCUCUAGUGUCUCAGAUGGAAGCAGACCGGCUGUUGAAGCCCAAAAGUGGCAACAAUAAGAACCGGAGGCUGAAGGUCGAUCGGCGGUGGCACUCCCUGUUCAGGACUCGUUGACGGCUUGACCAGGGACUUUGUGUGGUUUUCAUUCUUGAGAGAGAAAAUAUAUUGCGGCUUUUUUCGUUUAAUUUUUUUUCCCCAUAUAGCAAAUAAGUGUGGACCAAAAUGUCAAGGUGGUUCAUACACUAUGGUGGGCGUGAUAGGCUCCACCGCAAUAUAGAGAGACUCUUUCAUUUUGAAGUCGGCGUAUAGUGUAAUUUUCUUCCGGUGGAGAGAACAGCAGUGCUCUAUGGAGAGUUCAAGGUUCUCUCAGGUUAUGUCGCCUUUUCUUUUUUGUUUUGAGUUUUUGUAAUCCUCGCCUCUCUAAUUUUGUGGGCAUGGCAAAAACCUGGCUUGUUUUUACGUACUCUUUGCGACAUUUUAUGGAUUUCCAUUUAUGGAAA